AUGCGAGCGCAAAAGAGCACAAGCGAGGAGGGCAGUAGUCGUACCAACGCGUUCAGUCAAGAAGUUUAUUAUUACCUAAUAAUACGCGAGUAUUUUCAAAAAAAAAGUGUCCGUUGUGUUGGUUUAGAUACAAAAAAAAAUAGGGGAAUCACCCUCAGAACAAUCUCUCGCCGUUAUCUCUUCUCCGAGAACGAAUUUGCGCGAAUACUAAUGUUGUUUCGCAGCCGAGGAGGAGGAGGAGUAGGAGGCAGCAGCGAGGAGACCGGCGAACGACAACGAAAUCGAGAACAAAUGCGCUCGCCUCUGGCGGACAGAAACGAACGAAAUGUGACGGGGCAUUUUAUAUCCAAGACGACGGGGAAAGAAGAAGGCGCGAUGAAAGACGAGAGCGAGAAAGAGCGACGAGAGCGAGAGUUUGCGGGGGUAAAAAAGAAGCAAAACGAAGGGAAAAAAACGACGAGCAAAACGACCACCGCGUCCGUGUCUGUCUGCCCGGACAUCAUCAGAGAGUACCGAGAAACGACGAGCACGAGAAGUUUAACCGAAAAUGAGAUUCAAAUCAAUUCGAGAGAUGAACUCAAUUUGGGCGAGGAAGAAGAAGCGUUGAAGACGAAGAUAUCGACGUCGACGAGAACGAAAAAUUCGUACAAGAAAAUGAAACUUUUAGGGAAAGGAGGGUUUGCAAUCGUAUACUCCGUGAAAGAUUUGAACAAGAAACCCUCUGAUGAUGGCGUCGUCGAAUCACAAUCAUCGUAUAAUUAUUACGCGGCGAAGGUUGUUUCGAAGAAAAAUUUGGAACGGCAAAAGCAAAAGGACAAGAUGUUGGCGGAAAUUCGAAUCCACAGAGCAUCCGAGCACGAGUUUAUCGUGAAAUUUAAGAAAUGUUUCGAAGACGAGAUGAACGUGUACAUAUUGAUGGAGAAGUGUUCGGAUAGGACGUUGGCGGAUGUGAUUAAAUACCGAGGCGCGAUUACGGAAACGGAAACGAGCGCAUACGUUUGGGAGAUUUCGCAAGCGAUGCAGUAUUUGCACGAGAAAUUAGUCGUUCACAGAGAUUUGAAGUUAGGGAACGUCUUUUUAACGGAUUAUGGCUUAAAAGAAGCGUCGGCGAUGGCGGACGAGAGCGAGAGAGUUCUGAGACGGUUUCAGACCGGAGAGGAGAGGUUGAAAGCUUUCGAACGGAUGGAACGGUCGUUUUUGUUAGAAUCUGGAAGUAGUAGUAGUAGUAAUCAUCAUCAUAGCAGACAACCCAGAAUCAAAAUUGGCGAUUUCGGUUUAGCCGUGCAGUUGGCGCAUAAGCGCGAGAAGAAAUUCACGGUGUGCGGGACGCCAAACUACAUCGCGCCGGAGGUUUUAGCCGGAAGUCAAGGCCCGGGGCAUAACUCUGCAUCCGAUAUUUGGUCGUUAGGUGUUAUAAUAUACGCUUUGUUAUGCGGCGAACCGCCGUUUCAAACCGAAUCGGUGGAAGCGACGUACAAUCGAAUUCGGAAGACGGAUUUCGGAUUCCCGGACGAUCGACAGUGUCUGAAAGUGUUGUCGAGCGAACAUUUAUUGAUGAAUGUUACCACCACCACCGCGAAGAAGAACAACAAUAAUAUUAAUAGCGAUGAGAACAACAAAAAUAGCACCAAGAACGAAAACGUUCCAAACCUUCCAAAGUAUAGGUUUCCGAUAAGCGCGACCAGUCGAGAUUUAGUCAAAAGGUGUUUAUUAGCCGAAGCCGAGAAACGCUUAACCGGCGUUGAGAUUUUAGAGCAUCCAUUUUUCGAUGUCGUUUGGGCAGCUGCGAACAAUCAUCAAACGGCGAUUGAGACGAAGACGAUUGAGACGACGAGGAUGACUGAAUACGAUAAUCGCAACAGAAACAUUAUCAUCGCCGACGCGAUGACGACGUCGUCGACGACGCCGCGACGCGCCGCGAGCGUGCCUCCUUUGGUUUCUUCUUCAAACAAAGCUCAUCAAAAUCAAAGUCCAAUGCAUUCGGCAUUAGAAUCGAUAUCUGGAUUGCGGCAAAUGGAAGCCGAGACAAAGCAUGCUUUACAACAACAUCAACACGCGCUGAACGGUCAAAAGAGUUGGACGAGACGAACGAGAAGCGCGACGAUGGAUGGAUCUACUACUACUACUACCGAACGAGAAAACAUCGAAUCCGCAAGGGUAGCGUUGGCGCAAAUUUCCGUCAACGCCGGAAAUGGUGGUGCGCAAACGGCAACGACGUCUCCACCGAUAACGAUGACGAGCUUUGCCAGAACGAACGACCAAAUUCGUUCAUCGGGGUUAUCGACGUCAUCCUCGGCAAACAAUAACAACGACAACUACCAUAUGCCGCUCUCUGCGAGAAUCAAAGUAAAACAUUUUACGAACCAAACCGAGCAGUGGGGUCUCGGCUACGCGUUAACGGAUAACUCUUUCGGUGCCAUUUUCAACGACGAAUCGAGAGCGGUGUUGACGAAAUGCGGCAAGUGCGUGUUUUAUUGGCCAAACAACGUAUCGGCAACGAGCAGCGCUCAUCAUAGCAGCAGCGCGGAGAAGAGAAUCUCGCCUCGUAAAAAGUUUAGCUCGAAAAUGUGCAUCGCAGUGCCUCUUCGCCACGCGCAAAAUGGAAACGCCGGAGAUGAUCAUUUCAAUCGCGAUUUAGCCAAGAAGACGGCUAUUUUGUUGCGUUUUAAAGAGAUUUUGUUGAGAAAAGAGGAAGAGUUUAGUAGAGGUUGCAACGACGAGAACGAGAACGAGAACGAGAACGAGAACGACACGACGACGACGACGACGACAGAGAAGAGAAAGAAAGUCGAAAAAGAAAACCUUCAACUCGAUCCGCACGAUCCAAACUACUACUACGACAAGAACCCGCUCUUUGAUAUCUCAAAAUCGAUAUCUUUAUUGCUCGACCGAGGCGCUAUGAUCAACUACUGGCGAACCGGACGGUCCAACGCGACGACGUUCACGUUCAACGAUGGGAGUUUUCAAACAUUAUUCGGCGACGCGAACAGCACGAGCGUGUUUUGCUGCGACGACUACAGCCAUCAGCAUCAUUCUUCGAAUACGAAUUUGAGAGGAGACGCCUAUUAUGGGGGCGUUCUCCUCGGAGGAGGACAAGGAGUUACCAAACGACGCUUAGCCGUGUGCGAACAGCGAAAGAUAGUAUUAAAAAACCUCUCCAAAGUCCCGGUGAGCAACACCAGUCGAUUAUCCUCCGUAUCGAAUAGUCCCGCGAGUCCUUCGCCUUUGGGAAAGAUGAAAACGUCCUCCGGAGUAUCCUCCUCCUCCGCGACCAUCCGCGCCAAAGUCUUGGACGCUCGCGAGAUCCUCUCUAAAUCCGCUCGCUCGGAUACAAACUUGGAAAAGUGCGUCCGAUAUUGUCACGAAAGUGGCACGAGAUUAGAAAUGCAAAAUAACAAUAAUUACAACAACGUUUAA